AUGACCAAUGGGCCAACUUCAGCUGCAUUCUCUGUGUAUGAAGACUUCUUGUCCUACAAGUCAGGCGUCUACAAGCAUACAAGUGGCGGAUUCCUUGGGGGCCAUGCUGUUGAGAUCAUCGGCUGGGGUACCGAGAAGGGCGUUGAUUACUGGCUGGUUAUGAACUCCUGGAAUGAAGAGUGGGGUGACCACGGCACCUUCAAGAUAGUCCAAGGGGACUGCGGUAUAGACGAUAUGAUCCUUGCGGGGACUCCAGCCAUAAAUUGA